AUGGUGGCGGCUGGCAUGUGGGAUGUGUGGCGCGUAGGGCUACAGGCGGCCCUCGUCGCUGCAGUGGGUGCCGUCACCUACCGCGUGCUUCUUCCCGCGGCGCCAACCAAGGCACAUCGGCGGAUCCAGUGGCUCACUGGAGUCGGUCUUGCGAGUGUGUUGGUGGUUAGCAGCACCUUUCUGGUGGCAUCAACGCACAGUCCUCAGGCUCGCAUGACUGGGCAUCACCUCGUGUCCUUCUUACUGUCUGGCAGUACCUUCCUGGCCCUCUCGCGCGUGCUGACCGCAACAAUCAUUGGCCAUGAUGCCCAGCUUCCGCCACGCACUCUCCUAACGUUGCCAAAGUAUCUUUUGGCCUUUUUUACAGCUCCGCUUUCACUUCGCUCAGUAGCCCCCGAGACGAGCGCCUGCCAACGCUAUCGGGGGCGCUGGGACGAAGUUCCGGGGCGCCUCCUACUGAAGAUCGCUAUUCUGUUUGUCACACUCCGAUAUGGCGUCGCACUUCAUGUGCGCUGGGUCGAUCAGUCUCUCUGGUACUGCAGCAUGGUUGGCAACGUCGUUUUCUAUCUCUUGCUGAGUGGAACAGAAGAUGCCUUUGCCUUGGUUCUGGAACUUGGUGCUGGUCUUCACUUCUGGCCCAGCUUUGACGCCCCCUGGCUGGCCAACUCCUUCCGCGACUUUUGGAGCUUCCGAUGGCAUACUCCGUUUCGUGACAUGAACGUGGCAAUCGUGCGCGCUGCUCGGGCAGCGGGCUGGCCUACGCCAAUCGCCAUCAGUCUUAUCUACAUUUACACCGCAGCAUGCCAUGCUGGUCAGCUCUAUCUCACGAUUCAUGAAGUACCGCUGGGCAUCGUCAGCUUUUUCCUUGUGGCUGGGACGCUCGCCUUAUUUGAGGACCCUCUCUGGCGUGUCCUCGACCCUCUUCUUCGGUGUGCACCUUCAAAGUCGGGAAGGCAUUGGCUUCGUCGAGCCAUCGUGCUUGGUGUCCUUUGCGCUUUGAGUCCUUUGUUUUGGUUCUCCUUCUGGGAACACCGAUUUUUACAAGCGCUGUGCCGUGUGUUUGACCUGAUGUAA